AUGAUUUUCUCGAAUACUUUCGAAAUUGAGACGUUCUGUUCAGGAGCUAUCGUUCCACAUGCACUACGCAUCGGCUCGUGGAAUGUUGGCUUUCCGAAAAAAGAGGAAACGGAGGGAACGGACGAAACAGCUGCAACGGAGGAAAUAGACGAAUCAGUGGUAACGGAGGUUGCAGACGAAUCAGUUGUACCGGAGGAAACGGAGAAAGAGGAACCACAGCAAACACCACCGAAGCAAGAAGAACCAACGACAUCAAAUCAGUCAACGGCGACGACUACAACGAAGAAGCUAACGAAGAGACAACAACAAACACAAGAAAAUAAACGAAAGAGAGACCAAGCGAAGCUACAAAAAGAGGAAAAACAAGAAGCAGCAAAACUGAAAAAGAAGCAAAAACGAGAAGAAGAACAACGAAAGAAGAAAGAAGAGAAAGAGCAAGCUGUGCUGCAAAAGAAGCAAAAGCGAGAAGAAGCAAAACUGAAAAAGAAGCAAGAAGAAGAAGAAGAAAAAGGAAAGAAGAAAAGAAAAUACAUCGAUUAUUGCAAGGAAUCUAAAUGCGAUGUGAUUGCGCUCCAAGAAACAAACAAUUACAUACUUCAGCAAGAUGUUGAAAACGAUGGAUUUACUCUAAUCAAAUUUGAGAAAAGCGAAGAAUGGAGAAAUUAUCCAAGUGUGGGAAGAAGUGGGAAAUCGUCGGAUCGUGGUUUGGCUUUUCUCAUCUGCAACUCCGAAAUUAGUCUUGUUAAUGCUGUCCAACCGCAUCCACGAAUGGCAUAUCUGGAAUUCAAAUUCAAAGAUGUUGAUGUGAUUCUCAUGAAUCUGUAUGCUGUGACUGCAGACACCAACGAUAAAUCUCAAGAGGAUGCGCUUGCUUUCUUCCGCUACAUCACGAAUUUUAUUGCUGAAAAAAACUUCCCUGGAAUUCUAGUACUCUGUGGAGACCUCAAUGCUUUUCCGGACCAAGCUUCAUCGGGUUUAUACGAGCCAUUUGUUGGUAAGAAUGUAUACGGAUCGUCCAACGAUCACGGAAAACGUUUCGUUGAAUUUCUCAUGUCUGCAGAACUGUUGCAUUUGAAUUCUAGAUUUGCAAAGCCUAGAAAUCAAAAGUGGACCCACAAAGCGAAACCCAACGGAGCAGAAACUGAAGUGGAUGGUUUUCUUAGCUCAAGAACGGAUAUAGUUCAAGAUGUGGACACAUUUGUUCAAACGAGCCCAAGUGAUCACCGAUUGAUUGCCUCUUUGUGGUGUAUAUCCAAGGAAUACGAAUCUCGUAGAAAACACUCUAGAAUAAAUACAAAGACACUCUGGAAUAAAUACAAAGCCGACCUUGGCGAGUUGGUCUCGUUGGCAUCAGUAGGUAGAUAUACUGAGUUGGUGGACAGGGUCCUUUCUGCUGCUCCACCAGAGAAUAGUCCGAUGAGGAUCUUCACUGAACAAUUCGCGAAAAAUGAUUUCGAAGCCUAUUUGAGAAAUGCUCAUAAAAGAAAUGAUCACAUUAAUUCAUCAAAAAAGGACACUGUUGGAAGAAGCCAAGUCGAGUCUCGAAUGAGAAGACAUCAAUUUAUGCCUGAAGACGUCCAACGGGAACUUGAAAAACUGGAGAAUUUCAAAACACCCGGAAUGGAUAAGAUCACUUCGAACAUGAUAAAAUAUGGGGGAGCGGAAAUGGUCACAGCGGCUACGGAGCUCUUCAAUCAAAUUCUGAAUUCUGAUGGAUGUGAUGUUCCUCAAGCUUGGAAAACUGUUCUCUUCGGAUCACCUCUACAGACAGUAUUCCCUCAAACAAAAACCGAAAAUAUUGUGUUCGAUGAAAGAGUUUGCCCAUUGGUUCAUUUCUACUCAAAUCUGUUGGCUGAAUUAAGUUUUGAAAUGCAUCAAAAGGAAAGAGACAUGAAGAACUUGUUCACAAUUUCAUUGUUGUUGGAACGAUAUUCAAGCGAACCGUAUGUUUACUUGUUAUUUGCAAAAUUCAAAAAACCAAUGGAGAGUGUGAAGGUAUCUUCUGUUCUAGAGGGAUUGGAAAAAUCGCCAAUCCAUCCAAAAAUAAAAACUGCAUUUUCUUCUCUUCUGAGCAAUCCGAUUCUCCUGUUUAAAGAUGAGCCGGUUGAUGAAAAGCCAAUUGGAAUUUAUCUCGGCGAUUUAGCAUCAUCAAUGCUUCUGGGGUUCGUAAUCGAAAUGAUAAUUGAUGGCGAAAACGGGAAUGAUAAAAACACAGAACUGAAAUUUGGAGAAAAAAUAUUGAGAAGAAUCGUAUGGGAUGACAUGAUUGUACUAAUUGGGAAAAAUGUGGACCAGUUACAUACUCAAGCAGAAAAAAUCGACAAAUUGGGAAGAAACCACAAUCUACGCCUUGACACGGAUUCCAUGGUUUUCAUGGCAGACCAGGAAGAAAUCUUACGGUCAGGAAGAAAUCUUACGGUCAAUGCCAAAACAAUUAGCGUUUCGAAAUUUCCCAGCGUUACGCAUCGCAAUUGGACACUGGUGGCUGCUGAAAAAGUGGCAGGUGCGAGUAAAUGCAAAGAUGGUACCAAAAUUGGAAUUCAAAAGAGAACGAGACAGAUUAAAACUAUCAUUUCGAAAAAAACAAUUUUAUGGAAGGUAUCGUUUUUGAAGAAAUGGCAAAACGAAGCUUUCGAACGGUUCCACGGACUGCCUGAAAAUAACCAAGAAAAGAUAAUGAAAGGUUUUCGAGAUCAACCAUUUGCCUUCCACAAAAGGCCAGAGUGGAAAGCAAAAGCUGAGGCAUUCUUUAAAGAAUCCGUGAUACCCAUGUUUUUCGAAAACUGCUGUGUCUGGAAUUUUAACGAAUUUUCCUUCGUGAAAGAUGCUUGUUCAAGUUUCCUGAAAAUGCUGAACAUACCUAAUUUCCCGUUCAAUCCGAGAUGGUACAUCUUGACCAAACAGGCUCUUUUCAUUUCGUCUCUUAAAGAAGAAAAUCUUCUCUUUGAAAUGGCUGGCAAAAAUUGGAUCAAAGAAGUGAAUGAAGCCAGUAUGGGAUUCAAUAAAACUGAUGUUCUGGAAAAUCUCAAGAAUAAGCAGACAUGGGAACAUUUUCAGGAAUACUGCAAAAUGCGGAUCUACGUUUGA